UUUUACACCUUUUGCAGCAAAAUGAAGCAGCUGGUGAGAAUAUAGUAUUUUCUAUGAAAUUCAAGCAAGAUCUGUUCCCCAGAAGCUUUUCCAUCGAAAUUUGUGUAGUAAAAGGUCUUUUUCGCGAGAUCCAAUCACUCCCACUAGCCUACUGAGAAAAGGGUGGAACAACAUGGCGUCAUCGUCGUCGAAUUCUCCGUGCGCGGCGUGCAAGUUUUUGCGGCGGAAAUGUCAGCCGGAGUGUGUUUUCGCGCCUUACUUCCCGCCGGACCAGCCGCAGAAGUUCGUCAACGUCCACAAGGUGUUCGGCGCCAGCAACAUCACUAAGCUGCUCAACGAGUUGCACCCGUCGCAGCGGGAGGAUGCGGUGAAUUCGUUGGCGUACGAGGCAGAUAUGCGCCUCCGUGACCCCGUCUACGGCUGCGUCGGGGUCAUAUCGCUCCUCCAGCACCAGCUCCGCCAGCUGCAGUUGGAUCUCAGCUGCGCAAAGUCCGAGCUGUCCAAGUACCAGAGCUUGGGCAUCACCGGACACGCCGGGCUCAUUGCGGCGGCAGCUGCCGCCACUGCUACAACACACCAGAACUUGGGGAUCAAUCUGAUCGGGAGCGGUGGAGGUGGCGGAGGGCGGGAACAUCAUUACCACCACCAUCAGUUCUUCCCUAGAGAUCAUCAUCACCAUCAACAACAGAUGAUAAUGAGCUUAGACGCCAGCAGUAAUUAUGAUUCAAACCUUCUCGCUAUGAAUGUCUCGUCGGGGAUCGGUCAACUCAAUCAGUUCCAACCACCUAGAGCGGCUGCCGGAGAUGAACGCCGUACCAUUCAUCCAUCUUAGGUUAGGGUUUAUUUUA